AUGGUGCGUUGCUAUAGCAUCUUGCAGCUGGUGUUGUGGCUAGUCUUCUUCCUACCAAAGGAAUGCAUGAAGACACCCUCGAGCAAGGUGUUCCGCACACAACAGGCAUCAAAUAUUGACCGCGAUUUCCCGAUCGCCUCACUCGCCAAGAAAUUAUCCGAUCAGCAUGUCCGAAAUUCCAAUAUGAUCAUCUACGCAGACGACACCCGCUGUGGGAAGCCGCGGAGAUAUGUUUGCCAAACCUAG